GUCGAGGCGCGGUACCUGGUAACGGCCCAUCACCGAAACGACCAGAUCGAGACCGUUUUGCACCGCGUGUUUCGAGUAACAGGGGUGGCCGGUUUAGCCGGAAUUGCUGAAGCCAGGGAGUGGCUGCCAGGCGUUGGGCUUGUGCGUCCACUGCUACCGUUUGCCCGGGAAGAAAUCGUUGCGUAUCUGAAUGAGAUCGAUCAGCCGUGGCGCGAAGACGCCACCAACGCGACCAACGACUUCACGCGAAACCAAAUUCGGAACGAACUGCUUCCUUAUUUACGCGAGAUGUUUGGCGAUUCAAUCGACGCUUCGAUCUGGCGACUUUCGCAGCAAGCGGCCGAUUGCCAGGAAGUGAUUGACGACUGGGUAUGUAACCAAAUGGACAAUGCGGUCAUGUUUCCAGAGACCGCGGUGGUUCAUGUCGACCUGCGAAAGCUGGCCGGAGAGCGUCCUUACCUGGUUAGGGAACUUCUGGUGGCGAUCUGGCGAAAGCAACAGUGGCCACGCCAAGAGAUGACUCAGCAGCAUUGGCAAAAGCUAAGCGAUUUGGUCACCGCCGAUACCGAUGGUGUGGCCGAUGUGCUCCCAGGCACGAUUCGCGCGGCGAAGUUGGUGCUCGAAGAAGAUUGGUCGAGCGGCUCGAUCGACGAAAAGAAGUGGUACGUCUAUCGCAAGCGAUGGGGCAACGGCAACCAUGGCGUGGUGCCGGAAAACGUGACGGUUAAAACCGAUGUGGUGAACGGCCAAAAAAAGAACGUGCUCGUUUGUACUGCCCAUGGCGACCAAUACGACGGCGAUGUAAUUGGCUGGUGGGGCAACAAGACACGCGUCGGAGGUGUGAUCGUUAGCCAUCAACACUUCGCGUCCGGUCGAUUCGAGAUGGUCGUGAAAGUGGGUGAUCAGACGCCGCACGAAGGUGGCCCAAAAGAUCCUACGCAGCCGAAAGGAUGCAUUCCGGCACUGUGGACUUAUAGCUACCGCUGGGUCGAGGGAGAUAAGAACCGCAAGGACGAGUUUCAAGCCGAGACGCCGAUGUACAACCCCCACAUUCCAGCUUAUGGCCUGGCCGCGAAUGAGUAUUGGUCGGAGUUAGACUUCCCGGAGUUCGGCAAGCAAGGAAACUUCACCGAUGCGAUGUACAACACGUUUCUCCAAAACCGACAUGACAAUCGCUUCUUCAAGGUUCCCCAGGCCGUCGAUGGCGAGUACCACACGUUCGUCACGGAAUGGCGAACCCAUCUGCAACCGAUGCCUGGCAUUAAGGACGACCAGGUGAUCGAAUCGGAAGGGUUCUACUGGAUUCAAGACAAGUCGGUGCCGUUUGAAACGUAUCUGGGCAACCCGCUGAAGAAGCUGGGCGAAAACGAAUAUGCGUUGUACGCAGGCAAGAUCGCUACGCACUACAUCGACGGCGAGAAAGUCGCGGAAAACGACAAGUGG